AUGGCUGCUCACAAGAUUGCACAUGUGGCGUCCAACAAUCCAAGCGUGCUGAAGGAGAUAGUCUACGGAAUCGGCCUCGGCAUCGCUUCUGGGCUAUUAUGGAAAAUGCACCAUUGGAAUAAUCAGCGCCGAACCAAAGAGUUUUACGAUUUGUUAGACAACGGUCUCAUUAACGUUGUCGUUGAUGAAUCAACAUGAUUCAUUUCUUAACUCUCAAAUACCCGUUGGUUAGUAGUAUGUAUUAAAUGGUGGAAAGAAUAAUGAAAAGUUUGUGUUAUUUUACUAGUAAUUUCUUAACAAGUUAAAUGGUCAUGUUUGUUCUAUUA